AUGGCUGCAUCCAUGGUGUCUGGCAUUACGACCUCAAUAGUUGUUGAAAGCGUUUUACUCCGGCGCGGAGUCGACCAACUUUCAUGGCCUAUGGCAGUCCGCACUGCGAUGGGCAUGAGCAUGGUGUCAAUGGUGGCGAUGGAAGCUGCAGAGAACAUCGUCGACUACCAUCUCACAGGCGGCGUCGUGGCCUUGGGGGAUCCAAACUUUUGGAUGGCGGCUGCAGUGUCCAUGGCCGCUGGAUACUUCGCCCCAUUGCCAUACAACUAUCUGCGUUUACGAAAGUACGGAAAGGCGUGCCACUGA